AUGAAGUACAUGAGAUUGGUGUAUGGCGAGGGUCUUAGAGUGCCAAAGAUGCAAAACAGAGCCUGGGACAGAGAGUACUACUUCUACCAGAAGAAGGGUUACGUGAGAGGGUACAUCUGGCACCAUAGAUCCAACGCCACCCAGCAGUGGCUCUUCCACUUCCUCUACGGCGGCGCCAACAAGUUCUUCGUCCAGAGAUUCGUCGUUGACUUCGGCGUGAGAAUCUGGGCCAGAAUCGCUCUCCUCCCCUUCACCAUCCACAUGAUUGGGUCCUUCGUCGGCCAGAGAGAGUACGACAACAACGCCUACGACUAUUUCUACUUCUCUGAUUGA